UUCGUAGAUGCCUUGAGCACGUGACGCACCUCCAAAAGGAGCUCUCUCUCUCUCUCUCUCUCUCUCUCUCUCUCUCUCUCUCUCUCUCUCUCUCUCUCUCUCUCUCUCUCUCUCUCUCUCGCUUUCUCUCUUUCUCGCGUUUGCGCUUUCUUACGCGCGCGAGCUCGGAGAGAGGAGGAGGAGGUGCACGGAGCUUCAACUUCUGCAGCGCGCGCGCGCGUUUGUUCGUUCAUUGGCUUGCUGGCUGGCUGGGUAUAAGGAACACCACCCGGUCCUGUGCUGUAUUUCUGCGAUUUGUGCCAUUUCUGCCUUUUUCCUCGCGCGCGCCAGCAUUGUGUGUGUGUGAGCAUAUGUGGAUUUUUCUACGCUAUUGUUUUCCUUCAAUUCAUGAGAUCAUCAUUUUACCGCAGACGGAGUAGAAGCGCGUGGUAACUAACGGACACGGAGACGCAAGCUGGAUUCCCCUCCUUUUCGCUCCCCCACGCACGCACGCGCACGCACGCUUCUCCAAAGGGGGUCCCUCGCCGUGGUGUUAAUGAAUGGACCUGUGAGCUGCGAGGCUUUGCAGAAAAAGAAGAGUUUCACUCCAAAGCGGUUUAGAAGCUGCAGCAGCUGCAGAAGCUCCGUCUGCAGAAGUGUCCUUGGCUGACUGCCCCAACCGCGAUCCACCAACUACCUUAGUGCUGAACUUGUUGCUGCGCCCUUUCCGAGCACGCUGGAGGACGUUUCUUCGUUUGGGAUACUUUUAUUCUUGGUUAUUCUUGGUUUCAACCAAAGUGUUGUCUGAUUGAAGUUUUAAGAGAGAGAAAAAGAGAGAGCGGAUUGUGUGAUUCAUGCCAACUGCUUUUUGAGCAAGAGUGAGUGGAUUUAUGUGGAGAUGUGCCUUGUCCUCGUGGUGGACCUCUGAGUGCAGUCCAGUGUGUGUCCCACAGUGAGUCUCAAGUCUGUCUGACCCUGUCCAGCUCGCACCCAGCAGCUGACCAUGGCAGCCGGAGUCGCGGCAUGGCUGCCCUUCGCACGCGCUGCAGCCAUAGGCUGGAUGCCCGUGGCCAGCGCCCCCAUGCCCCCGCCGCCGCACGACAAGCGACGGUCCCAAGAAGGCUUCAUCAUCCUGAAUGUGAGCGGCACCAAGUUCCAGACAUGGCGGAACACCCUGGAGAGGUACCCCGACACCCUGCUUGGCAGCACGGAGCGCGACUUUUUCUACCACGAGGAGACCAACGAGUACUUCUUCGACCGCGAUCCAGACAUCUUCCGGCACAUCCUCAACUUCUACCGCACGGGAAAGCUGCACUACCCGCGCCACGAGUGCAUCUCAGCCUACGACGAGGAGCUGGCCUUUUUCGGCAUCAUCCCCGAGAUUAUUGGCGACUGCUGCUACGAAGAGUACAAGGACCGGCGCCGGGAGAACACCGAGCGCAUCCAGGACGACGAGGACAAUGAGAACGGCAAAGAGAUGACGCCGCCGGACAUGACCAUGCGCCAGUCCAUGUGGCGUGCUUUUGAGAACCCCCACACCAGCACCAUGGCUCUGGUAUUCUACUAUGUCACAGGCUUCUUUAUCGCCGUGUCCGUCAUGGCCAACGUGGUGGAAACAGUGCCGUGUGGCACAUCGUUCAACCGGGUGAAGGAUGUAUCUUGUGGUGAGCGGUAUGCCCUGGCUUUCUUUUGCCUGGACACAGCAUGCGUGAUGAUCUUCACCGUGGAGUACCUGCUGCGCCUGAUCGCCGCGCCCAGCCGCUACAAGUUUGUGAAGAGUGUGAUGAGCAUCAUCGACGUGGUGGCCAUCAUGCCAUACUACAUCGGCCUGGUCAUGACGGACAACGAGGAUGUGAGCGGCGCCUUCGUCACACUGAGGGUCUUCCGCGUCUUCCGUAUCUUCAAGUUCUCGCGCCACUCGGCGGGCCUGCGCAUCCUGGGCUAUACGCUGAAGAGCUGCGCCUCCGAGCUGGGCUUCCUCCUCUUCUCCCUCACUAUGGCCAUCAUCAUCUUUGCGACCGUUAUGUUCUAUGCUGAGAAAGGCUCCAACUCAAGCAAGUUCACCAGCAUCCCUGCCGCCUUCUGGUACACCAUCGUCACCAUGACUACGCUGGGGUAUGGAGAUAUGGUUCCAAAGACAAUUGUGGGGAAGAUAUUUGGCUCCAUCUGCUCUCUCAGUGGAGUGUUGGUGAUUGCGCUGCCUGUGCCCGUCAUCGUCUCCAACUUUAGUCGCAUCUACCACCAGAGCCAGCGGGCAGAGAAACGGCGAGCACAAAAGAAAACCAGGCUUUCUAGAAUUCGUGCGGCGAAGAGCGGUGGUGCUAAUGCUUAUUUGCAGUACAAACGCAAUGGGCUGCUGGCUGACGCCGAGGAGGAGGCAUCAAAGGAGGCAGGAAAGGCGCUGGUUUGUAAGGUGAACCCCACCUUCGAGACCCAGCAUCAUCAUCUACUACACUGCCUGGAAAAGACAACGAACCAUGAGUUUGUGGAUGAGCAGACCUAUGAGACGAGCUGCAUGGAGGUGUCGAUGGUGAAGCCGUCCACCUCGCGCUCCUCCUCGGUCUCCUCCUCUCCUCACGGCCUCACCUCCUGCUGCUCACGCCGGAACAAGCGCAAGAGCUUCAACGUUCCCAACUCCAACAUGACGUCCGGCCGCCGCGGCAGCGUGCAGGAGCUCAGCACCAUCCAGAUCAGAGAAAGACCGCUCACCAACAGUCGCUCCAGUCUGAAUGCCAAGUUCCAGGAGACGAUGCCACUGAACUCGGAGCAGCCUCCGUACAUCACGGCGGCCAUCAUCAGCAUGCCCACUCCGCCCGUGACCACGCCAGAGGGAGGAGACUUCCAGAGCAACAUCGUCCGAGUGUCGGCGCUAUAGACUGCAGGGCGCUACGGUUCCCCUCCUUUUUAUUUGGAAUCGGCGAGCAGACGCUGGCUAGUGAGGGAGUUGGAGUGAGCCCUCCCCUCCCCUGCCUCCGCAGCAGAGGGAGAGGCCACGACUUUGACCCUUUAUUUCACCUCCUGCCCACAGCCCUGCUUCCUCUGCUCUGGGCUACCGGCCCCGCCUCUGGAUAGGCCGCUGAGGCCGCUAAAGCCGAGAGCCCACCAGGCUUAUACUCACCGAGGGGACCAAUAAUGAAAAAAAUAAAAUAAAAUAAUAAGACUGACUAUGAUUACCACACUUGUUACAAAUUGCUAUGAUUUUUAUUUCAAGUAUUGUGUGUCUUUACAUUUGUUGUCUUAUUCUUAUGCUUGGUGGUGGGGAGAGCAAGGCGAGUGUGGGAGUGAGAGGUCAGCGCAUACUUCUUCUAGGCAUUUUUCUUUGGGUUGUAAAUGUCUGGUGGGGUGUCUGGUGGCUGUUUUUUUUGGCGGGUGGUCCUAGUUUUAUUCUAGGCUAUUUACCAUGCUUUUAGAGAGAUUUCCUCCAACAGAGCUACUUUUGAUACUACAAGUAAAGCUGCGGUCUCUAUGUUUGAGAAGGAUGUGUGUGCUGUACGGAAGUGUGUGUACUCUACGGAUGUGUGUGUACUCUACGGAUGUGUGUGUACUCUACGUGUGUGGGUGUACACGUGUGCGCGCCUGCGUGGUGCUAACCUUCUGCAUGUUCUGCAUUUUUGUGAGUCUGUGUCUACUUUCAAGAUUUGGCAUGAGCAAUAAGGGUUUUCCGGGCAGUGUGUGUGUUCGUACUUUAUUUGUUAACACCAUUGCCUAGUUCAACUUCGUUAGUCUGCAGUCGUUUCCUCUCUAAUCCACCCACACUGCUCUUACGAGUCAAAGUACAACAGUUGUUAAACACGUGUUAACAGUAGAUUGUGUGAACCUGCGGUGACUGGAAAGCUUUCUCGCUCUAGCUCUCAGUUUAGUUCUCUCUCGAGACCUGGCCUAAUUGUGUUUAAUGGAUCAUUGAUAAUUUAUUAUAAACUGCAGGUCCAGGCAGCGUGGCCUUCCAUAAAAAAAAAAAAUGAAAUUCGGCAGACGUUGAAACCUCUACAUCUUUGAGAAUUUCGCCACCUUCCUUUAAAGGAAAUGCAGUAUGUCCGUCAUUCCAUUUUUACUGUCAAACGUUUUUUUAAAUAUACUGUGAAAGAUUGCUUUGUUUCUUUCCGGCUGUCGAUGUUAAAAUGCUGAGACUGUGCAUGAUGUUCUGCCGAACGUUGGGUUGCGGACCAGCCAGGCCACCGUACCCUGAUGUUUUUUCUUUUUUUACUUGUUUGAGCUUGUUUAUGUGUGGUUUAUGUCUUAGUGCAUCACUAUGCCACCUUCAGAGCAGUGGACCUCACUUCACUCCGGACGUAAUUAAAAGAGAAACAUGAAUGUGGAGAAUGUAGAAGAUCUAGAGUAAAGUAGAAGCUUACAGUAGAAGUUGGCUAACCUUACCACUAAGGAAGCUGAAAAAAAAUCAUAUCUAUAUGUAUAAGCCACUAAAUCAUUGGCUAUGCAGGCAGUAAGGAUUUUAUCAUUGUGUAGGUUGGGGGUUUCCAGUGGUUGUAUGAUGUGUGUGAGUGUGGCAUUCUGGGAAUUGUAGUAUAAGAGAGAACGUUGAUGAACAUACCUUGCCUAACGGUGAAUUCUGACAAACCGUUGACGUUGAAGCUAAGUAAUCAAAUGCUCCCGGGCUACAGUGUACUAAAUAGCACAAACAGUGACUGUAUGUAUAUAGCAUGGACGCUGUGGUACCAUUCCCUAUAUAGAAAACAAAGUCAAAAAUAUCAACCAAGACUCACCUUGUCCCUUUUUCUGGAAGCAUGUCUCAGACCGCCUUCAUUUUUCACUUUUUAAAUUUUGUAUUUAUCCUAAAGAACCAGAAACAAGGGGGAUUUGUAAUAAUUCAACAAAAACGAUGUAGUUAAUGCAUUUUGCUACCAAACAAUCUACAUUUUCAUCACAUUACAGAACCUAAUAUCAGUUCUGUUUGCUCUGUUUUGCUUUUGCGCUGAGAUAAACUGAGUCUAGUCGCCUCUAGUUUAGCGAGCAUGCACCAGUGAUGACUAUAAGAAGAAAAAAUAAGUUUUUAAAUAGUAUUCUCUCACUUUAAACAGUAUUCUUCCACUUUAAACAGUACCACCACAUCAAAUUACACUUAAAUUAGCUGGCUGCUAACAGACAAUUAGAUCACUAUUAGAUCUGGCCUUUUAUAGUAUAGUAUGAUUAACUAGCUAAUUACCUUAAAACUUGACUCAAAAAACUCAGCUACUCCAUGUAAUAAAGGUGGUCUUCUUUUGGCCAAGGCUGUUAAUCACUUAAUUCCCCACCUUCUUACAUUAUAGAUAAAAAAAAAAGAUGUGCCAAUAUUAUCACAGAGAAUAGAGGACACCAGAGGCAAGCAUGCAAUAAUA